UUCACCAUUUUGCUCCGUGAAAACCGGUCCGAAAUCUUACAUAUCUGCGACAUACGCAUAAAAAAUAUCUAUCUGCACUUAUAUAUAUUCGCUGUAGAUAUUACAUUUCGACGGCGGUUCUCCCGUUUUCGCGUUUCGGCCCGACAUCCCCUUCGACGAAUCGGCGGCUGGAGACCGGUUGGAGAACGAAAAGCUGCGAACGAGGAGGAAACCGGCGGAUCUACGGAAGAUCGGAAAACUCGCAAGAGCAAGUCCAAGGCGAAUGUUCGCUUGUCCCGCCGUCGACAAAUGCCGGCGAAGAUUUUGAUGGGACCCGAUCCGCGCUGUGAUACCUUGAAGUAGCAGAGAGGAAAAUUUCCGAAAUUGAAACGUGAAAUUUCUUCCGAAUUUCUCGAGCAGGGAAACGUGCUCUUCUUCUUCUUCUGCUUGAAAGAGCAGCCACUGAGAACCGACCGAACGGAUCUUUCUUUAAGCCGAGUAUUUAGUAAACAUCUAAAAUGAAGGACAUUACUAGCUCAGGGGACAGCAGGCAGGGUUUGGAGGGCUACGUAAAUCACGGCUUAACCGGAUCCACCAACAACGUGGAUCUCAUUCAUUCGUUUCAAUCUCUUCACAAUUCACACGGGAAUCAUCGCGACAUACAGGGUUCCUCAGAUUUUAUCUUGAUAGAAGAGCCGGGGGAUGACGAGGCCAAGCAGAAGGAAGGCCUCCUGACAUCAAUGUUGCAGCACGCGAGGCGGCGUGCUAAGGCCAUAUGCACGAAGAAGACCCUUUACAAGAGGCUGCCGGUCUUGAACUGGCUGCCAAGGUACAACGGUCAAGAUGCACUCGGAGAUUUGGUGGCCGGAAUCACCGUGGGUCUUACCGUCAUUCCUCAGUCACUGGCGUACUCGAACGUCGCCGGUUUACCGCCGCAGUACGGUUUAUAUGGCAGUUUUCUGGGUUGUUUCAUCUACAUAAUUUUUGGAUCUUGCAAAGACAUACCCAUGGGACCCACUGCCAUAAUAUCUUUGUUAACUUAUCAAACAGUGUCCCACUUAGACGCUCCGGUGCAGCAUGCGAUUCUAUUGUGUUUUAUAGCCGGAAUCGUGGAGUUAAUAAUGGGUAUAUUCGGUCUCGGUUUUCUAAUAGAUUUCGUGUCCGGGCCUGUAAGCUCCGGUUUCACAUCUGCGGUGGCUUUGAUAAUCGUGACGUCGCAAGUCAAAGACAUCCUCGGUAUUCCUGCCAAGGGUUCUCAGUUUAUUGAGAUGUGGCAGAAUAUCGGUGGACUGAUACACCAGACAUCUGCCUGGGACGCUACUCUUGGAGCAACCUGCAUAGCCUUAUUAUUAAUUCUGAGAUUACUAGCGUCGUGUAAAAUCGGCCCGAAAAAGGAGGAGUUCCAUACUACGAAACAUCGCGUUGUGAAUAAAAUCAUCUGGCUGAUCGGCACCUCGCGAAAUGCACUUCUAGUAGUAAUUUGCGGUUUAGUGGGCUGGAGCUUUCAAGACAACUCGCCUGUCAGACUAAUUGGCUACAUACCAGGAGGUAUGCCUACUGUACAAGCCCCACCGUUCGGGUUCACCAAGGAUGACAACACGACGGUCACGUUUAUCGAGAUGCUCGGUAAUCUGGGUAGUGGCAUCGUCGUUGUACCACUCAUCUCUCUAAUGGAAGACAUCGCUAUCUGCAAGGCCUUCGCCAGUGGAAAAUCGGUCGACGCCACGCAAGAGCUGAUAGCGAUUGGUAUGUCGAACAUUGGAAAUUCCUUCGUGCAAGCUUUUCCGGGCACAGGAUCCCUCAGCAGGAGCGCGGUGAACAACGCUUCCGGCGUCAGGACGCCGCUGGGUGGCGUUUACACCGGUUUGUUGGUGAUUCUGGCUCUGUUGUUCCUCACCCCGUACUUCAGUUUCAUUCCACGCGCCACUCUGGCGGCGAUCAUUAUCGCCGCGGUCAUCUUCAUGGUCGAAGUCAAAGUGGUGAGGCCGAUGUGGAGGACGAAAAAAUCAGAUCUCAUCCCAGGACUGGGCACGUUCGUCGCGUGUCUAGUGCUGCCACUGGAGAUCGGCAUCCUCUGCGGGGUCGGGAUAAAUAUUCUCUUCAUUUUGUACCACGCCGCGAGACCGAAAAUAUCCGUGGAGAAGCUCAAGACUCAUCACGGUAUCGAGUAUCUAAUGCUGACGCCAGAUCGUUGCCUGAUCUUCCCGUCCGUGGACUACGUUCGCAAUUUGGUGACCAAGUACAGCCGACGCGCCGAGAGCGUCGCGACGCCCGUGGUGAUCGACUGUUCGCACAUCUACGGCGCGGACUACACGGCCGCGACGGUGAUCGAGAUCCUGACGAAGGACUUCGCCAAGCGGGGCCAACCACUUUUCUUUUACAAUCUGAAGCCCUCGGUGUACGCCGUCUUCGAGGGCGUCGAGCCCACGGACUUCGUCGUCUAUUAUAAUCAGGAGACCUUGGACGACCUGCUGAAGGCGAAGGGCUACAUGAAGCAGACCACGUAAUAACCCUUUCUCCCGCGGACAGACAAUAUAUCCGUUUUCGAUAUCGUGAAAGAUGCUUUCGUACUUUCGUAGCGUAAUUCCGCGAGGCUGCUACCCUUUCGAAGGAUUCCUCGUUCUUUGACGCAGUCGACUCGAUUGCGAGACAGCCUGUGGACCUUUUCAAAUCAAAUCGCCAUGAAAGCGACAUUUUUACAAAUCCUGUAAUUUGUACAUCGUCGUUAAUUCAACGGAAUCUCGCUUAAAACUGAAAACGAUGUAGAAAAUAUCGUUGACGAAUUUAACGAAAAUGCCGAAGAGUUCAAAAGUGCAACUUUAAAUAUAGCUCAUUUAGGAUCUAGGCGAAGAGGAAUGAGAGGUAAUUUUGGUUUCGCGCGUGCAGUGGAUCAAUCGGAGAAUGGCAGGGGAGAAUGUUGAAGUAUGUUUGUGCAUGUAUCUCGAAUAUAUAUUGAAAGUAUAUAUGUAUAUAAGAGAGAUUACUCUUGGAAAAAUAUCCUAUGCAAUAAGAUAUUGCAAAAAAAUUCCAGGAGUGCAACUAGAAAACUUCUGAAAUGUUAAAAUAAAACUUAGGCGUUUUUUACACAUCUUAAAUAUCUCAUAGGUUCGCGUUCGAGAAUUCUCGUCUUGUCUAAUUUAUUUAUUUGAUUUAUCGUCUGCGCAACGUUAUCAAUUUGAUAUCACGCGCUGCGUGCAGUUUUUUCUUAUUUAAACUUUUGUGCUUGAGAUUUGCAGCGCAUGAAAGAGUUUCAUUAUAUAUAGAUAUUUUUUAUAUGCCUGUGUCUCACCCAAAGUAGCGCCUCUCCUGUAUUCUAGGAACGCGUGUGCAUAAGUAUAAGUUUGAACAAUACUGUGAUAAUUUUAUAAACAAUAUCUGGUGGAAAACUCGGCGGAGGGAUAUUUCGUACAGGAAGCGGCAAUUGCUUCCGUCGUCGUGCGCUCGUGUGUAUGUGUGUCCUGUAAAUAUUGUAAAUCUCUCGUCAAUUUUUAAAAAUGUUCGUCGCAUCGGCGACGCGUGAUUCGUAGUUUCUGCACGCGUUGACAAAAAAAAGUUUGCAAAACGCAAUCAAUAUACCGAUAUUCUCAAUCGAAUGUACAAAAGAGAAACCGUUUUUUCCAUUAUAUCUCCGCAUGGUUUAAAAAGAUCUCUUUGUUAAAAAAAAAAAAUAUUGUAUGAUGUUGAAAAAGUACAGUAUUAACUGUAUAUAGAAGAAAAUCUCUAUUUAUCGCUAAUACCAUAAUCAAAGUGAGGCAUAUAAAUCGACAAAAAAUAAUACUGACCCUUCGACUGUACGUGGAGGGUAGUGUCCGAAUUGACAUUAAUUUUGCCAUUACUGUUAUAAUUAUAUAUCCAGAUAGGAAACUUUCGUAAUAAUUGUUGCAUGUGCAGUAGCAUAUUUUUUGUUACAGGAAAUUUUGUGAUUGUAAAUCUUUUUUUUAUGUUGCAAAAAUAUUAGUAACGACAAAAUACGCAACAUUAUCACAAAAACUACUAUAUUUCAUUUGACAGAAAACACUCUCAUUUUUAUUUGUGUUUCUAUUGUAUUUAUGUUUCUAAACAUUUAUUUUUAGCUUUUGUUUAAGAAUUACUGUUCAAUAACAAAGUGGUAACCCACUCAUGGCAAUUUUCCUCGACUUUAUAAUAACAAUUGUAAAGUAAUUUUAUAUUACCGUUAUAAUUGUAACAAACUAUAAUAAUGAUAUGAAGGUUUACAAUUUAAUUGUAAGUAAGUUGAACAAGCAGAGCUUUUUAAGCGAUGCAGUAAUAUAAUAGCAAGAGCAGAAGUUGUUGCAUUCUUUCGGCACGAGACGGGCUCUCGUUGCUGAAAGAUAGAUUUAAAAAUGCGGCUUGUUAUUUCAGCGAAAUAAUCCCGAUAUUAAUCUGUAGAAAAGUAUUAUGCUGCAACUAUGCACAAUUAGAUGUUAUACAAAAGAAAAUCAUAGAAUCCUGUGGUAAAUUACUUAAUAGCGCUGCAAUCUGUCGAAGACGAGCUUCGUCCACUCGAUAGAUUUCUAAGUGAUUGAACAAUGUAUAAACUGCAAAUAGUUAGUUUUAUAUCUACAUGUAAAUAUUAUAUUUAUGUCAAUUAAUAUAUUAAUUAGAUAUUAA